GCAGGGACAAGAAGGCACCAAACUACACCUCUGACAGAGGCAGUGGAGGGUGGAAAGUGCCACUCUCUAAUAUAACCAACCAGAGGCACGCAGGUUUUGUUUCAUAUUCUAAUCCUCCACCCUCUGGCAGAGUGGAGUGGAAAGAAAAGAAAUCCCCAGGACUGGAUAAGAAAAAAGUAUAUCAGAAUCCAACACAGCUAACCUGAGGGACAGAUUUAGAACUCUUACCAAUUUCUCAUUGAAGCACCUUUCUUACCAGCUCUAAAAGAUCUCUGCUACUGAUUUCACCGUUAAGAUCAGGUGACCCCCCUGAACAUGGCCCCAGUGGUUCACAUGCCAGAACCCUUGUGCCUCAUUGAGAACAUUAAUGGGCGACUGUUGGUUAAUCCGAAAGCUCUGAAGAUCCUGUCUGCCAUUCAGCAGCCCGUUGUGGUGGUGGCUAUCGUGGGCCUCUACCGCACCGGCAAAUCCUACCUGAUGAACAAGCUGGCUGGGAAGAACAAGGGUUUCUCUGUUGGAUCCACGGUGCAGUCUCACACCAAGGGCAUCUGGAUGUGGUGUGUGCCUCACCCUGAGAAGCCAAACCACAUCCUGGUUCUUCUUGACACGGAGGGACUUGGAGACAUAGAGAAGGGUGACAAGAAGAGUGACACCCAGAUAUUUGUACUGGCACUACUACUGAGUAGUACCUUUGUAUAUAAUACUAUGAACACAAUUGACCAGAGGGCUAUCGACCUCUUGCACUAUGUGACAGAACUGUCAAAUCUGCUCAGAACAGUUACGUCACCUGAUCUUGAUGGGGUAGACAAUGCAGCUGACUUUGUGAGCGUCUGUCCAGACUUAGUGUGGACUGUGAGAGAUUUCUACCUUGACCUGGAAGCAAAUGGGCGACUCAUCACAGCAGAUGAGUACCUGGAGAAUUCACUGAGGCCAAAGCAAGGCACCGAUCAACAUCUUCAAAAUUUUAAUUUGCCCCGUCUGUGUAUACAGAAAUUCUUUCCAAUAAAGGAAUGCUUUAUUUUUGACUUGCCCACUCAUCGGAAGAAGCUUGCCCAGCUUGAGACACUGCGUAAUGAUGAGCUGGAUCCUGAAUUUGUACAACAAGUGGCAGAUUUCUGUUCCUACAUCUUCAGCCAUUCCAAGACUAAAACUGUUUCAGGAGGCAUCAAGGUCAAUGGAUCUCAUCUAGAGAGCCUGGUACUGACCUAUGUCAAUGCCAUCAACAGUGGGGAUCUGCCCUGCAUGGAGAACGAAGUCCUGGCCUUGGCCCAGAUUAAGAACUUGGCCGCACUGCAAAAGGCCAUUGCCCACUAUGACCAACAGAUGGGCCAGAAGGUGCAGCUGCCCACGGAAACCCUCCAGGAGCUGCUGGAUCUGCACAGGGCCAGUGAGAAAGGGGCUAUGGAAGUCUUCAUGAAGAACUCUUUCAAGGAUAUAGACCAAGGGUUCCAGGAAAAAUUAGAGACCCUGCUAGAAACCAAACAGAAUGACUUUUGUAAACGGAAUUUGGAGGCAUCACUGAAUCGCUGUUCAGCUUUACUUCAGGAUAUUUUUUGUCCUCUAGAAGAAGAUGUGAAGCAAGGGAUUUAUUCAAAACCUGGGGGGCAUCGUCUCUUCCUUCAGAAGAGAGAAGAGCUGAAGGCAAAGUACUAUCAGGAGCCCAGGAAAGGAAUACAGGCAGAGGAAGCUCUGCAGAAAUAUUUACAGUCCAAGGAGUUUGAGUGUGUUACCAUUUGGCAGACAGACCUGAUUCUCACCGCAAGGGAAGAGGAGAUGGAAGAGGCACGUGCGAAAGCAGAGUUUAUGAAGGCUGAAAAACAAAGGUUGGGGGCAAUUCUAAUGCAGCACCAGCAAAUGAUGGAGCAGAGGGAGAGACUCCAUCGGGAACAAGUGAGACAAAUGGAGAUAAACAGAGUGUACCAGCAGGCACUGCAACAGAGGGCCCAAGAACGUCGGCUCAAGGAGGAGGCUGAAAAGCUCAAGGAGAGAUUCCAAGCUGAGAGCAGAAAACUUCAGGAUGAGAUCCAGCAUCUCCAGAGGAAUGACUCAGCAGAUGAUACAUGUAUCUUACUCUAAAGAACUAAACACUAGAAAUUCAUUUUCUGGUUCACUUUCACUGAAGACACAAAGGAACAAGAAACUAUAGAACUUGAGACAAUCACCAUUUAAAUAAACUUCAUAAUAAUUAUAUUGAGCUU